UUCGAUAAUGUGCCGGGUCUGUCCGAAGUGCAUGCAGCGUCAAUUAAUCGUUUCAUAGCUCCCCUUCCAAAAAAAAACUUUUAACCAUGACAGAACUAAAAUCAGAUCUGAAGUGCUUUGAUGGCACUGCAUUAUUUGCUCAGAAGAUAAAAGUGCAGCAGACAGCCAGUCCGUUUGUGCAGAGAUCGAGCUCCCACGUUUAGCGAGUGUGAGGCAGCAGCCAGUGUAGCUGGCGUGAGUCAGCCUCUCCCGGUUAGCCACCCACCCACCCACCACUCUGCUGUUCUUGCUGGCCAGGAGAAAGCGAACGACGCAAAAAAAAAGCGGUCCCUCCCAUGACUGUCCUCUGAGCUGAUCCCACUCAGACUGCAGCCGUUUAACGUAACUGAUGGUAGGAAUUUAAAUACCUUCGGGACCAAAAGAGCUCAACUCGGGCAGGGCUUCGUCAGAAAGACGUCAUCCAGCCAACCACGUCCACAGUGUUUGCGACUCCUCAGACCUGCAGCAGCCGGAGCCGGAGCUUCAGCUCAUCUCCCGCACAGUAUAACCCCCCCACUCCACCACCAACCUUUCUCCCCCAUCUCGUCUGCCCCAGGAAACAUUUUUUUUCAAGAUUGUAAUUAAUAAACUGAGCCAUUGGACCAGAAGAGGAGGAAAUCUGUGCGCUGCGUUCUUCAUCACCAGGGAUAGAGCAAGGAUCGACAUGGCUCCGAUUGUGGAGAUCGGGGCUAGCCUUGAUGGUGUCCCCGCUCUUAUAGGGAUAGCCAGUGCGUUUGCCCUGAUAGUUACGAUGUCCAUGUUUGCAUGGAUCUGCUGUCAACGUAAGUCUUCAAAAGCGAAUAAAACCCCUCCAUAUAAAUUCGUUCACAUGCUGAAGGGAGUCGACAUUUACCCCGAGAAUCUUAGCAACAAAAAGAAAUUCGGAGCCGAUGACAAAUCGGAUCCUAAAGACAAGGAGUCUUCAAAAAACAAACUGCCAAAGAACUCGCUCCACUUGGACCUGGAGAGCCGCGAUCAGAAUGGAAAUUUCACCAAAACUCCCGGCAAAGUCCGGAGCUCCCCAGAAAUCGAGAGCGUCCACCCCAAGACCUUCUCGGAAGGCGAGAAAGACAGUAUAUCAUCCGAGACCUCCAUCUCGGACAAGUCCUUAGCACCUUCUGAAGAGGAAAACAGUGAACCCAAGCUGGGAUCCUUGAUGUUCUCCUUAAAGUAUAACUUCGACAAGAAGGCGUUGCUUGUGAACAUUAUCGAGGCUCACGGUCUGCCAGCCAUGGACGAGCAGUCGAUGACGUCUGAUCCUUACAUUAAAAUGUCAAUCUUGCCUGACAAAAAGCAUCGAGUGAAAACUCGCGUCCUCAGGAAAACCCUGGACCCAGCUUUUGACGAAACGUUCACCUUUUACGGUAUCCCCUACAGCCAAGUGCAGGACCUGUCUCUUCACUUCCUAGUGCUGAGUUUUGACCGGUUUUCGAGAGACGAUGUCAUUGGCGAGGUGCUGGUGCCAAUGGCAGGAAUCAAUCUCUCGGAAGGCAAAGUGCAGAUGAACAGGGACAUCACCAGGAGAAACUGCCGGAAAUCAGUGGGUCGUGGAGAAUUAUUAGUGUCCCUUUGCUAUCAAUCUACCACCAACACCCUGACUGUUGUUGUACUAAAAGCUCGCCAUCUGCCGAAAAAUGAUGUGUCUGGAUUAUCAGCUGCUGACCCUUAUGUGAAAGUCAACUUGUACCAUGAUAAGAAACGAAUAUCAAAGAAAAAGACCCAUGUUAAGAAGUGCACUCUAAAUCCAGUCUUUAAUGAGCUCUUUGUCUUUGACAUUCCAUGUGAGGGGAUUGAAAACAUCAGCGUCGAGUUUCUGGUCAUCGAUUUUGAUAGAAUGAUGAAGAAUGAAAUCAUUGGGCGCCUAGUGCUGGGAACAUCAGUAGAAGGGACUGUAGGAGAGCAUUGGAGGGAGAUCUGUGAGCACCCAAGGCGACAAAUUGCCAAAUGGCAUUGCCUGAGUGAUGGUUAGCAUCCAAAUGGAGGGUUGGACUUUAUUGUUUGAUAGGCAAAGAACAAGCUGUGCAUUAACCAACCCAAAGCCUUUCUGAAGAAUUUUCAAUUUAUACUUAAUAUACAUAAUUUGUACAUCAGAUUGUGGUAAAUAUUGUGAUCUGUACUGUAUAAGAUGAAGUGGCAUUGCUCUCUUGUUUGCUAACAAUUUUAAGAAAUUCAAGGUAGCUAGUAGAAUGGGUAGGCAUGUAUGUCCGCAUUUUGUGUGGCUGUUCACAUUAGGGAGUUUGUUUCUGGGGAUUAAACUUUUAGGAUGUAAGUUUGAAAGGAGUAUUUAGAAUUUGCAGAUACCUUUUGCAGUGGAAACCGGUAACACUUUCAGUGAACUGAAGAUAUUUGAAGUAAAGCCAUUCUAAUGUUUGUAGCUCAAGAAGCUGAAAAUGAAGCAGAUUAUGUGUUGCCUUAAUGUUCAAAUAUAUUGGAGGGGAAGAGUCCAGGUGGCACAAUGGCUUUGUUGCUUUUCAAACUUACCUAAACUGGUGAAGUGAAACUCUUCUCUAAUGGCUAAUGUCAAAAGUUUUAUGUAAGAGGAAUCAAUUUCCAGUCACCAAUGACCCAAUAUACAAAACACCACCAAUUUGACGAUAGUUGAAAUCAAGUUAUCAUUGUCAUUCAAAAAGACCACAGGUGUAGAUGGAUAUAUUAUUCAUGUGGCCAAUGAUUAAAAAAAACUCAUUUUUGCAGUUCUUUCCUAAGGUUGAAAUAAAAGUAGUGUGGAGUGAAAUUUUCAGUAAGUUGAAAUGCAUUUGACCUAGCAUUGCUUGAUAUCAGUGCUCCAUACCUAACAUCAAAUGUGUUCCAUUUAUAGCUCUAAACUCUCUCCCUGCAAGAAGCACAGUAUUUACCAAAAAAAAACACUUGUUGUUAAUAAAUUGAGAUGUCUUGAAUAACUGACAACAUGAAGAAUGGCAAAUCAUACUGAGAGAAUUUAUAUUAUAGUCACAUCCAUUUUCAGACCUUUGGAGCUUUUAAAUGCACUAGCAUUUAUACACUUUGAUACUUUGUUCUGGGCAUAUAUGUAAAUAGUGCCAUCUACAUAGCAGCUGUAACUGGGGUCCAAUCGCAUACUAACACCAUAAUAUUAUUCAUUUAAUUGCAAAAUCUUUUUCUUCGCUAUUUCUUGAUGCCAUAGAAAUAAACAAUUUGGGAAAAAAAGUGAUUAAAAAUAGAUGCAGAUUAAACUCACUAAAUUAUUCAAUGUACAAAGGAAAAAUAAUGUUUUUUUUUCCUGCCUUUGCCAAAGCUUCAUAGCACUGCAGAAUGAAGUAAGUACACAGUGAAGAGUCGUGGCAUAUGUUAGAUAUCCUAAGGGGGCUGACCUGAAGACCCAUGAGGACAAAACUGAAGGAAAGAUGGUCAGCACCAUAGUCAGGAUAUAUUUAUUUCCCACUACAUUUCAUACAUUUUAUUUUCAUCAAACAUUUUUGUUUACAUCCCAGUUUUAAAAGGAAACUAUAUCAAUGUUGGAGUGGUUUUAAUUACAUCAUAAUGUUUCUCCAUGGAUUGAAUUGUGACAAAUCCUCUCCAAUAUUUUUUCCAGAUAAUGUCGUUAUAUUUGAUGUAAGUGAGGUUUUAAGUUCAGAGCAAAUUCAUUUGAAAGGUAGGCCGCUGAAAGAAAGGAAUAACUUAGUUUUGCCUACCCUUUAUAGCUUCAGGUUGAACAUGUUGUCAUAAAUAUGAUCUCAUUUUGUUCCAGUCAGAAACUACAGUAUAUAGUCAUCCAGCUUGUGUAAAUCAUGUGUAAAUGCUUUGUGAACCAUGCAUUUAUUAUGCACGUUGCUUUAAACUAAUCUCGGUGACAGGUGUAGGAGAGCUUGUAAUAUAUUUAAUGAUUAAGUGUACUAUUGAUGCAACCCUAAAAGAUGCAGGAACAGAAUGUGACUUAAAAAUCAUUAGUUUCUAUAAAGUAAACUAGACAGAAUGUGAAAAAAGUGAUUAUAGCUUUCAGAAUGCUAUUUGAUCUCGAAUGUCAAUGCAUUUAGUGAAUUGGAUUUUUUUUCUGUCACUGAUCCUUAUAGUUCCAGGAAAAAUCAUUGCUUGAAACAUUAAUGAGCACUCAGUACCAUUAUUGAUCUCUUCACUUUAAAUCUUAAUGGAUCAAAUUUUGAGUUACCAUAUGUUGCCAUUUAUGUUUACUAUAUAUGGCUUCCAUCCUAUUGUUAUGUUUAGCAUUGUAUGUUUGUCUUUUUUUAAAAAAAAGAAAAAAGGUCUCCAAAUAUCUUUAAGCUGCUUUUGGGCACGCACACUGCCAGAGACCAAAUUUCUUAUCUUUUGAUGGACAGAUCAAACCAGGCUCACUUUGGGGAUUAGGAAUACUUUGUGAAAAGGUGACCUGUAGGGUAACAUUAUAUGCAUUUUGUAGAACAAACGUAGAGGGAAAUGUUAGAUAAAAUAUACUUUUGUAGUAUAGGAGUAAGUGGUUGUGUUUACAAUUGUUCAGAUGAACAUUUUAGCACAGAUGAAUUUGGCUUGGCAAGAUUUGAAUUGAUCAAACUGAAUCUGAGGCAAUGCAUAAAGAAAUGUUACCAUGUUCCAGCCAUCUGGAACUAUAUCAUGAUAUGCUGAAGACCUUGUGCUAGCAUGCCUAUUCAUUACUAUGCAGGAUGGGAUUUAAAGUCUCACCACAUGGGAAAAGAUAAGUCUGCCUGAAGCCGCAUCAGUAAUCAUAAGUUCUAUUGGUAUUUGUGCAAUUUAAGGGAUUUCUGUUAUUUUUGUAGUUUCUCCUCUUUUAAUUUAAUGCACCAGGAUAGAAUGUAAUCAAGCUAGAACAUUAAAUCGAAAUUGUUGUUCGUUGUCAAAUAAAGUCAAUUUUCUUCAAAUGACACAGAUCUAUGAACAAAUGCACAAUUUUGGCAAAAUAUACAUAUAUAUAUAUAUAUUCAGAGCAGUAAUGUGCUGGUAAAUCUUCAAUCAACAUAUCAAAGAACUUAUGAACUCAGCAAAAUCAUAGAACAACCACUUUUGAACAACUAGUUAGAGUAACUGCAAAUUUGUCUUACAGUUUUGGAACUGUUAACAUAUCUGUAAGAUGUGUGUACAAUUUGUUUUAAUUUGAUUUCACUUUCCAGAAGUACAUUAAGUACUUUUACCCCAAUGAAUUAGAAAUUUUUCACAUCACCAAAUUUUCAGUUUACAUUGUUCAAAGCAUUGCAAUUGCAGUUGUAAUUUUUGUAAAAUAGUUUUGAAUAAUUCUGAAAGAUGUAACUGUGUGUGGUUUGAAAUGCUGAUGUGCCGCAAAUUACUUACUCAAAAACUCCAGCAUUAAAUGGUGACAAAAUUAUAUAUAACUAUGCGGUGUAAAUCUGUAUACGUAAUAUGUUUUGUAUGUUGCAUUACAACGUGUUUACAAUCAAUUAAAAGAAUGCGCACAUUCACAUAUUGUGGUAGUAAUGUAAAUUACUGGCGACAAUUGUAUUUAAUACUUUGUGCUGUUGAUGUAAGAUUAUGGUGCACAAGUUUUUUUUCAAUCUAAACUUUAAAACAAUUUGAGAAAAUGUUGCCAUUCUGCUGCGGUCUUGUGCCCCUGUGUUUUGUGUGUGUUAAAAAAGAAUAAAGCACUAUAGAAAUUGA